AUGGCCCAAACUCUAUAUUUCCCUCUUCUCCUCAUUGCUCUCUGCUCCAUAUCUGAAUGUGUUCAGCGUCAAUAUUACUUCAUAAAUGUGUACAAGAACUGGACUGAAGCUCAGAGAUACUGCAGAGAGAAAUACACAGAUCUGGCCACCGCUGACAACAUGAAUGACAUGAUGCAGCUUAAUAAGAGUGUGAAUGAUUACCGUGUCUGGAUUGGUCUUCAGAAGACCCAUGAGAAUAAAUGGCAUUGGUCUUCAGGAGAUCCUGCACUCUUUCUGAACUGGGCAUCUGGGCAACCAUACAGCAAUGAUAAUUGUACUGUUAUGAGAUAUGGACAGUGGAAUGUUGGGCCAUGUAGCAACAUCUAUUUCUUCAUCUGCUACAACACGAGCACAGGACUGGUGUUUGUCAAUCAGACGAUGAACUGGAGAGAUGCUCAGAGUUAUUGCAGACAGAAUCACAUUGAUCUGGUCAGUGUGAGGAACCAGAAUGAGAAUCAACAGCUGGAGAAGUUCAUUAAUGACAGAAACUCAUCUGGAGCUCCAGUCUGGAUCGGUCUGUUCAGAGACCCAUGGCAGUGGUCAGAUCAGAGUGACUCCUCAUUCAGAUACUGGAAAACUGGUGCACCUUUUGAUCAAGAAUAUGAAGGCUGUGUUGGGGUUGAACACUACACUCAGGGACAUUGGGAUGAAUACUUUUGUAGUUCCCAGAAUACUUUUAUAUGUUAUGAAGAUAAACUGAUUGUGAUCCAGCAGAAUCUUUCAUGGUCUGAAGCUCUGAGAUACUGCAGACAGAAUCAUGUGGAUCUGGUCUCGGUUCAGUCAGUGGAGAUGCAGCGUCGUGUGAUGAACGUGGUUAAACUGGCGUCUACUGAGGCGGUGUGGUUGGGUUUACACAACUACUGCAGCAUGAACAUGUGGCUCUGGCUGAGUGGAGACAUGGUGUGCUAUCAGAACUGGGCUCCAGGGAACGGCAGCACACCGGAAAACUGCAAACUGGAGAACAUAAAAGGAGCAGUUCAGUCUGGAGGAGAUCAGACCUGGAUCAGCCUUCCUGAAUCUCACAGACUCAACUUCAUCUGCACUAACUACUGAGAGAAGAUGUGUCUGUGUGUUUACUCACAUUCACUGUGUUUUAACAAGCUAAUCUGCUAUAUGUGCUUUAAAAAUAGGCAAACAUUUUACUUCUGUAUUUUAUCUAUCAUGAAAUAAUUUGUUCUUAACAAAGUUUUAUCAUCAAUGUUUACGAUCAAGGUUCUUCUGUUUAAGGUUUAGGAUUCUUUAGAUGUGAUGUGUGUGUGUUUUCAGAAACUGUUUUCUAGAUCUGCUGGUGUUUGGUCUCUUUAUGUGUUGCUCUGAUCAUAUAAAUGACUGGCUGAAUGUGAUUCUGUGAGCUGCAGAUCUUCAGUAAAACAUGGUUUGUGUCUGAGCUGAAUCAAAUCUGCUUUAUUCA